AUGACAUAUUGGGAUGAGAAAAUGAGAGGUAGAUGGUUAGGUCUGAAGAUCCCUCCCUUUGUAGGAGUAAGCAAUUCUAAUAAAAAGGAGCUAAGAGAAGCCUGCAAAUGGAAGGUCCCAAAAAAAGGGUGGGCUAAGCUUAACUUUGAUGGUGCUUCUUGUGGGAAUCCAGGUUCUGCAGGGAUCAGAUGUUGUCUGCAUGAGGAUGCUGGAAGGGAAUUAGCUAAGAUGACCAAACCUAUAGGGAUUGAAUCCAAUAAAAAAGCAGAGAUUUUAGCCUUAUUUGAAGGCCUCCUCUUAUGUUAUAAUAGGGGCAUUAGUAAGCUUGCCAUUGAAGGAGAUUUGGCUAUUAUUAUCAAUGGCCUUAGAAAAGGUUUUCUUCCUAACUGGAAGCUUAAUGCGAUCCUGUCAAGAGCUCUAAGCCUCCUCAAGGAUUUCAAGAAAAUAACCUUCAAUCAUAUUUAUAGAGAAUGUAACUCCAAGGCGGAUGAAUUAGCCAAUGCAGGGGCCGAUGGACGAUUCAUAAGUUAA